AGUCAGUGUACCUCGGGCCGCGAUGGGGGGUGCAUGACGCCGGCGCGCUGCUCUAAUAUCACUCGUUUUAACAUACAUAACCCGGCGCUUUUACGAAGUACACGUGUUUGGAAGCGCCGAGACUACCCACGCAUAAGGAAGGGAGGAAAAGAGUGAUAAAUGGAAUAAGAGAGGAGGAGAGAAUUGAAAAAUAGCCGCAGAGUAGUGAGAGGGCUUAGGUCAGGCAAUCCACAUCAGCCCAUCGCUCACCAGGUCAGCCAGCAUGGAAGACGGCCACUGUUAUCCCUUUGAAGAGGUCUGCAGCCGCUUCGGGGUGAAAACUGAGACAGGCCUUACCGACUCUCAGAUCAAGGACCAUCAGGCGAAAUAUGGACCCAACGAACUCCCAGCCGAGGAGGGCAAGUCUCUCCUUCAGCUGAUUCUUGAACAAUUCGAUGAUCUGCUUGUUAAGAUUCUGUUGCUGGCCGCCAUCAUCUCUUUCGUGUUGGCGUGUUUUGAAGAAGGUGAAGAGACAGUGACCGCUUUCGUUGAACCCUUUGUCAUUUUGCUCAUUCUUAUUGCCAACGCUAUCGUAGGAGUAUGGCAAGAAAGGAAUGCAGAGUCGGCCAUUGAGGCGCUGAAGGAAUAUGAGCCGGAGAUGGGCAAGGUGGUCCGCGCCAACAAGGCCGGUGUGCAGAAGAUCCGUGCUAGGGAGAUAGUGCCCGGCGACGUGGUGGAGGUGUCUGUGGGUGACAAGAUCCCAGCUGACCUGCGUCUAGUUAAGAUCUACUCCACCACCCUGCGCAUUGACCAGUCCAUCCUCACCGGCGAGUCUGUGUCUGUCAUCAAGCACACCGACGCCAUCCCUGACCCCAAGGCUGUCAACCAGGACAAGAAGAACAUUCUCUUCUCUGGUACUAAUGUCGCUGCCGGCAAGGCCCGCGGUGUUGUCGUUGGCACUGGCCUCAACACUGCCAUUGGCAAGAUCCGUACCCAGAUGGCGGAGACUGAGGAGAUCAAGACUCCACUGCAGCAGAAGCUGGAUGAGUUUGGUGAGCAGCUGUCCAAGGUGAUCUCCAUCAUCUGUGUGGCUGUGUGGGCCAUCAACAUUGGCCACUUCAACGACCCAGCCCACGGCGGCUCCUGGAUCAAGGGUGCCAUCUACUACUUCAAGAUUGCUGUGGCCCUGGCCGUGGCCGCCAUCCCUGAGGGUCUGCCGGCUGUGAUCACCACCUGCCUGGCCCUGGGCACUCGCCGCAUGGCCAAGAAGAAUGCCAUCGUGCGCUCCCUGCCCUCCGUGGAGACCCUGGGCUGCACCUCCGUCAUCUGCUCCGACAAGACCGGCACCCUCACCACCAACAUGAUGUCCGUGUCCCGCAUGUUCAUCAUGGACAAGGUGGAGGGCAACGACUGCAGCCUGCUGGAGUUUGAGAUCACCGGCUCCACCUACGAGCCCAUCGGCGAUGUUUACUACAAGGGUGCCAAGGUGAAGGGUGCUGACUACGAGGGCCUGCAGGAGCUGGCCACCAUCUCCAUCAUGUGCAACGACUCCUCCAUCGACUUCAACGAGUUCAAGAACAUGUUUGAGAAGGUGGGCGAGGCCACAGAGACAGCCCUCAUUGUGCUGGGUGAGAAGAUCAACCCCUACAACAUGUCCAAGACCGGCCUGGACCGCCGCUCCACCGCCAUUGUGGCCCGCCAGGACAUGGAGACCAAGUGGAAGAAGGAGUUCACACUGGAGUUCUCCCGCGACCGCAAGUCCAUGUCCUCCUUCUGCACGCCCCUCAAGACCACCCGCCUGGGCACCGGCCCCAAGAUGUUCUGCAAGGGUGCUCCUGAGGGUGUGCUGGACCGCUGCACCCACGUGCGCGUUGGCACCCAGAAGGUGCCCCUCACUGCCGGCGUCAAGGACAAGAUCCUGGCCGUCACCAGGGACUACGGCUGCGGCCGCGACACCCUGCGCUGCCUGGCCCUGGCCACCCUGGACAACCCCCCCAAGCCUGAGGACAUGGACCUGGGAGACUCCACCAAGUUCUACACCUAUGAGGUGAACAUGACCUUUGUGGGUGUGGUGGGCAUGCUGGACCCCCCCAGGACUGAGGUCAAGGACUCCAUCCAGAGGUGCCGCGACGCUGGUAUCCGUGUCAUUGUCAUCACUGGCGACAACAAGGCCACCGCUGAGGCCAUCUGCCGCCGCAUUGGUGUGUUUGGUGAGACUGAGGACACCACUGGUUUGUCCUACGCCGGCAGGGAGUUUGACGAGCUGUCCCCUGCGGAGCAGCAGGAGGCCUGCAUGCGAGCCCGCCUCUUCUCCCGUGUGGAGCCCUUCCACAAGUCCAAGAUUGUUGAGUACCUGCAGAACAAGAACGAGAUCUCUGCCAUGACUGGUGACGGUGUGAAUGACGCGCCAGCCCUGAAGAAGGCAGAGAUCGGCAUUGCCAUGGGGUCGGGCACAGCUGUGGCCAAGUCUGCCUCCGAGAUGGUGCUGGCUGACGACAACUUCUCGUCCAUUGUGGCGGCUGUGGAGGAGGGCCGCGCCAUCUACAACAACAUGAAGCAGUUCAUCCGUUACCUCAUCUCCUCAAACAUCGGCGAGGUGGUGUCCAUCUUCCUGACGGCCGCCCUGGGCCUGCCCGAGGCCCUCAUCCCCGUGCAGCUGCUGUGGGUCAACCUGGUGACAGACGGCCUGCCCGCCACUGCCCUGGGCUUCAACCCUCCCGACCUGGACAUCAUGGAGAAGCCCCCCAGGAAGGCCGAUGAGUCCCUCAUCUCCGGCUGGCUGUUCUUCCGUUACAUGGCCAUCGGCGGCUACGUGGGCGCUGCCACAGUGUUUGCCGCCUCCUGGUGGUUCAUGUACGACCCCACCGGUCCCCAGCUCAACUACUACCAGCUGUCCCACCACCUGUCUUGCCUGGGUGACCCUGAGAACUUCGAGGGCCUGGACUGUGGCAUCUUCAGCCACCCAGCCCCCAUGACCAUGGCCCUGUCUGUCCUCGUCACCAUUGAGAUGCUCAACGCUCUCAACAGCUUGUCUGAGAACCAGUCCCUGAUGGUGAUGCCCCCCUGGGUCAACUUCUGGCUGCUGGCAGCUAUGGCCCUCUCCAUGACUCUUCACUUCAUCAUCCUCUAUGUUGACAUUCUCAGCACUGUGUUCCAGGUGAUGCCUCUGACGGGACACCAGUGGCUAGCGGUGUUGAAGAUCUCCCUGCCUGUGGUGCUGCUGGACGAGAGCUUGAAAUUCCUGGCUCGCAACUACACUGAUGGUGAGACGACAUCCCUAUUGCGUUGCCACUGGAUUAUUGUCGCCUGGGCCAUCUAUUUUGCCUACAUCAGGAUUGACCCCUUCUAACCCUCCUCCGUUCUCUUACCCUGAGCCACGCCGUCUCUUCCCCGCCCUGUCGUCAUAUCCCUGACUCAAAAAACGUGUUGAAAAGAAGCAGUUUGGGUUUGUUCGUUGCUGUCUGCCGAGGCGCCUCCGUGGGCCUUGUGCACGGGUGUUUAAAGCGGGAAUUGGCGUCGCGAGAGAGAGAGUGUGUGAGAGAGUGAGAGGUGCCCAGAAAGUAUUACAACAGUGCUCAUUUCUAAGCUGGCCAUUGCCUUGCUGUCAGUGGCUUCCUCCUGCUGCUGCCGCGCUGUUAUUGUUGCUUGCAGGGGUGUGUACGUGUGUGUGUGUGUGUGUGUGUGUGUGUGUGUGUGUGUGUGUGUGUGUGUGUGUGUGUGUGUACAGUGCCUCUUUAUGGUGUGUGGUGUGGCAAGGGUUGCCUACAAAUGUGCUGUGAAUUGCAAACGCACAUGAUUGUGUGACGUGCACAGGGAAAUGCACAUGUGUGUGUGUGUAUGUGUGUGUGCAUGUGUGUGCGUACACGCCGCCAGAAGAGAAACAAACGUCUGGUUGAUUAAAACGGAGAAGCAAAGCGGAGUGACGUGACCGAAGGAAACUGAACAGAAUCGCGUGGUUGGUGACACUCGGAAAAACUUCACUCAAAUUUUCUGAAGUGACGGUCGGGGAAAACUGUAAUGGACGCAGACCGAGGCGACUUCAACUGUGUGCCUUUGGUGUGUUGUGGCAUGUCUGGGCUGUGCUGUACCUGGUGUGGGGGGCGCAGUUUGCGAGUGUGCACCCUGAGAUGAGGAAGGGAACCAUUCUGCUUGCUCGUAUUCACAGAUCAUUGACUUUGCCACAUCUUAGGAGUAAUUCAAUGCUUCUGAGAGUCACAUAAGGGUUGGUUCAUGCACGACCUCACUGGCCCACACCUCAGUUACCGCCAGUGUCUCCAGUCACCUGAUUUAUACAUCCAUAGUGAAGAUUAAAGGAUUUUUUCUGCACUGUGUGGGAUUUGAAAGUGAUAGAAUGGCUUUUUUUUUUCAUUUCCUAGUCACAAUUUAUUUAUUUAUCUUUUUAUUUUUUUGUAUUUAUUUAUUUUCUUCUGAAUCCAAAAUAAGGAAAUUUUUAUGUUGUGUAUGAAUUUUUAAAGUCACAAAUAAGACAUUUUUGUGCAAUCUAUGAAUUUUUAGUCACAGUAAGUCAUUACAUAUAAUUUAUGUGUUCUUAAGGCACAAGUAACAAUUUUUUUGUGCAAUAUAUGAAUUCUUAGUGACACAAAGAGAUUUUAUAAUUUAUAAAUUUCUGAAAUCACUAAUGGAAUAAUUUUGUCACAAAUUUUCCGUCUCGAAAAACUUGUUGGAUGAGACAAACUGAACGACAAGUGAAGGAAGUGAAUCAUUUUAAUCCUUUAUGAUUUUUUUAACUGAAGGAAAAAAACCCAAAUAGAAAAAUAUCAUUAACGACGUAGGUUAGGAGACAACCUGAUAGAAGUCUUUAAGUGGUGCAGGGGACACAACAACGGGACGUCACCAAAACUCUCAGGGCCAGUCAUCAGGGUAGAACAAGAAAAGCUGGCUCAAGCUUGAAACAUUUAGGUUCAAGGAGACAGGAAAGAAUUGGUUCUGAAAUAAAGUGGUGGAUGACUAGAAUGGACUCAGUAAUUGGGCUGUUAGUGCUGAGUCAUUAGAGAGGCUUAGAAGAUUAGACAAGUGUAUGGAUGGGGAUGACAGGUGGAGACAGACAGGUGUGUUUUGUACAGGGACUGCCACGUGUAGGCCUCAUGGCUUCCUGCACCAACCCUUAUGUUCUUGUGUUCAAAAUGAAGAUAUAUAGAUAAAAAAAAAAAACACCAGAUAAAGAUGAGAAAUACAAAAAAAAGAAAUUAAAAUGAAAAUAAAAAACAGUGAACCAUUCAGAAUUAUCAAAAAAAAAUAAAAAAAUUGAAGAAAAAAAGUUAAUCACUCGCAGACUGCAGCACCCACCACUACCCAGCAUGCCCCUCUCCCCCUGUAGUACCCUCCCCCUGCCAUGCCUCCAUACAGGGUACUGGAACACCUCCCCUGCCACCCCCACAUCUCCCAUCUCCCCCAAGUACCUCCUCCUGUCUUGAGUGUGAUGAAAAAGUUUACAAGUUACAUAUUCAUCAAUUAAGUGGUAAUGUUGUGCAAUUGUCCCUCAGUCAAUUUGGUUUUCCCUUUUUCCCCAGUAAGUUGUUCCCCUCUUGACUUUUUCUCAUAAAUUUUCCCAUUUCCAAGCUUUUACCCCCUUUUUCGGUUUUUCCAAGUCUUUCGAUGUUAGUGUUAUUUUCUCAUAUUUUUCCCCUCUGGUUAUUGUUGUUUCCCUGGUAAGAUAUUUUUCCCUCUUUUUUUCCUGUUAGUGUUAUUUCCUCUUAGUUUUUUUUUUUUUUUUUCCACUUCCUGUGUGUAUUGUUUCCCACCCAGGUUUUUUUCCCAUUUUUCUCCAGGUUAGAAUUGUUUCCCACUCAUAUUUUUUCUUUCAAAUAUCUAAAGUGCAAUUUUAAAAAGUUGCUGUGGAUUCUGACAGUUUUUUCCCUCCCAGUAUUUAUUGUUUCCCUAUGUGGCUUUUUAUUACUUGUUACCCUCACUACUCUCCCUCAGUUUUUUUUUUUCUCUAUUUUCUUUGUGACUUUAAAUUUCUUUGUUUUUUUUCCCAAAAUUUCUCUGUUCCUCCACAAUUUUUUCAUUUUCCCCUUUUGAAAAUAUUUGAAGUAUUUUUCUCUAUGCAAUAUUUUUUGUUAUUUAUUUUACACAAUUUUUUUUAUUUAUACAUAUUUUUUUUUUUUAAAGCUAUCAUUUCUCUGUGCAAUAUUUUCAAGAAACUAUUUAUAUUCAUUAUCUCUCCUUCCCCUAAUUUGGUAAUCCAUUGUUAUGAUUAUUAUUAUCAUUAUUAUUAGUAUGAAUAUUUUUGAAGAUACAUUUUUGUAGAUAUCGUAAACUAUGUAGAUAAACCCCACACCCUUUAUACCUGUCCCUAUGUCUGUCUUUGUCUGCCCCCACAAUGUACACUGGAGGUCAGAAGUCUAGCACAUCCACCAUUCACUUCACUGGGAUGAGCUUCUCUUAGUCUCUGGGUCUACUGGCAAUCUCACAUGACCAGUCACUGCACUCCUAACUUAUGCUCUAGACUUGUGGGUUGUGUUGACUCCUUCCCAGCGACAUGGAACAGUGAAUACUAAGGGCGAUGUGUUGAAUAUCCAGUGUUCAGUCAGUGUGAUGCUCAGAGGUGGCUGUGAGAGAAUAGAUAAAUGCCUCACAGGGCUUUGGGAUGAAGGAAACACAUCAGGUAGCAGUCAGUGGCUUAAAGGAACUCACUCACUCACUCAAUCCAGAAUCCGGCCAGAAUCUUGUGAAACUUUUGGUACUCUUAGUUCAUCUGACUCAAGACUGUGGCUGUGUUUUAAAAGAUGCGUUCACUCACUUAUAAGUCUGAUUGAGGUAAAUCUGAUUGAGGUAGAAGUAAAGUUAGAGACAGUUUACAUGUGUGAGGUUCCAAGGGCAGAGAAAAAAACACUGACAACUGAGAGAGAAUGAGGAGAGAAGGAAGAGUUUUAUGGCCCCCAUAACUGUCCUAUUAAGUGUUGCUGGGAUUCAAAAACAGAUAGAAACACGCAACUGAGAGUGAAUGAGAACGAAAGAAAGAGUUUGAGCUCCACAACUUGCCUAUUAAGUGUUCUUGGGAUGCUAAAACAGACCAGAGACAGGAUAUCAAAGCACUGAACAUUGAAGGAAGAGUUUAUGACCCCACAUCUGUCCUAUUAAGUGUUCUUGGGAUUCCAAAACAGACCAGAGAGAAGAUGAAAGCAUUGAUAACUGAAAGAGCAAGUGAGGAGUAGACUUGUGACUUCUGACCUGUAGUGUACAUCCCCUCCCCUAAGGAAACAAUUGCAUUAGCCAUUGCGUUCUGUACAGUGUGAGGUUGAGAGGAGCACGGUGCAGAAAGGGACACUCUCUCUCCUGAAUGGUGAGGUUGGGUCGGUUUGCAUGUUGUUUUAAAAAAGAAAAGAAGUAGAGAAUAUUUUUUUUUUCCCCCCCCGACAAUAAACCGAAAGAAAUUUAUAGAGGUAAACGUUUAUUCCAUUUUCAUUAUUUAUUUAUUCCCACGAGAUGUAAAUGUUUGUCAAUAAAACCCGCCUCAUCUCACGCGGAUACAUCAUAUUUAUCACCCUGGCCUUAUCCAACCUUCAUUAUAUCCAUUUCUAUCCAUCCCUGCCUUAUCCACACCAUCCUUCACCCUUGCCUCAUCCAGUCAUCCAUAUAUCCAGCAAUUAUCACCCUUGCCUUAUUCCAUCUUUAUCAAUUCCUGCCUUAUCUAUAUAUAUCCAUUGUUAUCCAUCCCUUGUUGCCUUAUCCAUUUUAUCACUUCUUCAUCCAUCAUUCUCACUUCCUUUCUUGUCUUCCUCUACUUGUAAAUAUAUUUAUAAAUAAUGCAUCCAUUUGUGCCCCUAAAAAGUGAGAUUAAAUGUACUACUACUAUUACUACUACUACUACUACUACUUCUACUACUACUACUACUACUACUACUUAUUCAUUCACUCAUAAUUCAUUCCUCAUUCUAAAUCAUCUUAUUUCUUCAUCUCUCUCUCUCUCUCUCUCUCUCUCUCUCUCUCUCUCUCAGUGCAAAUGUUCGUGGGACCAUUAUUCUCUAUCUAUCUUUAUUAUUAUCACUAUUAUUCCAUCUCCUUCUCUUCCAUCAUUUCUAUCACUUAUCAUCGCUAUCAUCUCUUGUGUCAUUUCUCUUAUCGUCUCUCUCUCUCUUCCUCUUCCUUCAUCAUUUAUUCAAUUAUUAUUAGUGCCAUCUUUCCUCCUCCUCCUCCUCCAGCCAGCCAGCCAAACAAAACAGUAUUAGUAAUUUUGCAAGACGUCAUUAUCAUCAUCAUCAUCAUCAUCAUCAUCAUCACUGUCACCAUCACUGUCACUGUCACCAUCACUGUCACCGUCACCAUCACACUAAUGAAGCCAGCACUGGGACUGAAAGGCAGGUGGUGAGUGGAAAUUACCCCUUUUCCUCUUUUCCUCCAUUUUUUUCCUCAUUUUUCCUCUUUACCUCCUUUUUUCCCUUGCUAUUUCUCACUUUUGCUAAGUCUUUUGGCUCGUUUUCUUCACUCUUCUCUUUUUCUUAAUUUUUUUCCUCAUUUUUCUUAUCUUUUCAUCCUUUUUCCUCAUUAUUUUUUCCUUUUCUUCUUUUCAUUACUUUUGCUCACUUUUCCUAUUUUUCCUUUUUUCCUCCCUUUUCUCAACUUACUUUUCCUCGGUUUCAUCUUUUUCCUCAUUUUUUCUGACUUUCCUCAAUUUUUCCUCUCUCUUCCUCCCAUCUUCCUUUAGACCUGAAAUCUUUAAGCAGUUUUUUUUUCCUCCCUUUUAUCCUCAAAUUCUUUUCUUCUAUCUUUCACAUCCUUUAUUAUUUCAUUUUUCUCCUCUUCCUUAUUCCAGUUUCAUUACUUCCUCCCUUUGUCUUCCUUUCUAUCAUCUUUCAUUUGCUUUAUUUUUUGCUUCUUCUUCCCUUUUUCAUUCUUUUCUCUCAUUUCUUUUCUUUUUUUCUCUCCCUUCUCACUUCUAUUCUUUACUGGUUCUUAUGUUCUUCUCUUCUUCUUUCCCUUCUCUUAUCUUCUUUACUCUUCUUUCCUCUCCUUUCCUCCUCCCUUCCUUUCCCUUCCCUUCCUACUCUUCCUCCUAUACUCACCACCACCACCACCACAACAACAACAACAACAACAACAACAACCACAACCUCACACCUGAGAUUCUGUUGUGAGUAUUCCGAUUUGUUGUUUUGAUACGUUCUAUGUCCUCUCAUCAUUUUUCCAUCUAUUUAGCAACUCUGCAACAAACCCUGGAUAUGUUGAGGCUUUGUAGCGUAAACAGUGUGAUAGAGAUAGAGAGAGAUAUGCUGUGUUUGUCUUGUUAAACAUUCACUGGUACGGUUUAUGAUUUGUUGAUUUGUUUCUGGUUUGGGUGGAUGUAGAGGGAAAGGAGAAUGUGGGUUUAAUUCAUUUUGGUCUUUGCUGAGCUACAGAAGUUUGUAUUUAACUGUGCUGCAAGGAAACAAGUCUGAAAAACUGUAUAGAUGAUAGGAAAGAUUGGUUAGAAAUCUGGCAUGUUGUGCAGAUGAUAGGAAACAUUGGGUAGCAGUGACUCAGUUAACACUUCAGAUGAGGUUUAAUCAUUGCUAAGCCACAGAUUUUUUUUUUUUUUUUUUUUUUUCUUCAAAGGAACCAGUACAAAUAAUACCUUUUAUCACCAUUGCUGCUAAACUUCUCAUAAUCACUUCCAACUGCUUAGACUUGUUUCUUUGUCGCAGUUUCACACAGGCAGUCUGUAGCUGAGGCAGGACAGAGUUAUCCUUGUGUUCUCCUGCCCUGAGUGUCUGUGCAAACAUGACAGUGUCCUCAGUGCUGACCAAGGACAGUACUAGGAAGAAUUAAAAGUUGUGCAGGUUAACACAAAACAAUGAUUACAGCAAACAGUGACCCUAGAUGCAUCAGCUCCCUGCCUGCUUCUGUAUCUCCCCCUGCCUGUGACUUGAACUCUUUCAGGCGAGAGGCUUCAAGACACUUAUCCUCCAACUUGUGAUGAUCCUCUUUCACUGUUAUUUUUAUUGGCCAUGAUGAGCGGCGACGUGCCGCAGUAGACAACAACAAGCCGUGCCGUCCAGGGUUUGGUGUGGAGUGCUCACUCAUCCUCAUUGCCUCAUCCAUUGUCUGUCUCUCCUCUGUUGUGACUCACAUGGCAGCUCACCCAUCACUGCCGUGGCAUUUAUAGCAGCUUGUGAUGGCACAGCGCCAGGCCGGGAUGGGGCACGGCACUCUCCGGCCCUCCCGUCCCGGCCCGGCCCACUCGCGGUCUAAACUGUAGUGGCGUAGAUGUUUUUACUUGGGUUUUUUAGCUGUUACGUCUUAGAGAGGCGACUUAUUAAUGCGUCUCUGAUCGCCCUAACACCGCCGGCCUGAGGUGUCUGUCCGUCUGUCUGUCCCAAGGCUGAGGUGUCGAGUAGUAGUGAGUCGUGUCGCGGCGCGUUCUGUCCUCGCAGCGACUAACAUGAGUGCGUGCGUGCGUGCGUGCGUGCGGCGUUUACAAGUGUAUCAAGCUAACCUAUGCAACUCCCAUGUCCUGUGUGUCCCAUUCCCUCAUCCUUCCCUGUGGCUGUGUGAACUGGAGCGACAGGGAGGGGCCGGCGUCUCUCCUCUCUACUCCAGAGGUUAAUCUGAGGCCUGUGUUCUGAACCACAUCUGUGCCACCUCCACUACUUUCCAAAGGCUCUAGUUGAAGCUACACAAAUUUUUAAGGGUGUUUUUGUGGUUCUAGUGACAGAUUUGUACAUUAUUACUGGAGAAACACUCUUGAGAACCCAGCUAAUCAUCUCUGGCCUUGGAAAACAGUCAUGGUGAGAGAGCAGAGUGUUUCUGAAUGCAGGUCUUAGUGUCCAUUCCUCAAUACUCUAGAAGGUCACCAUUUCCAUGUGGCCCAAGCUUCACAGGUCACACACUGGUCGCCUCACAGCCCUGGCCUAGGUUUGUGCUGUGCCAAAUUCCCACUGUGCCCUGCCUGCUGUGGCGCGCUGCAGGGGCUGUGACGCGACCAGCAGUGAUCCCUCGCCUAGGGCCCCUCACUGCGUGCCUGUCCUUCACCCAGCCAGCCAGUCUGUCCUUGAUAAUAAAACUGUGAUGUCAUGAUUGUUUGUUGAGAAAUUAAUAAACUGUUGAUAUGAA